UUCAUUCACAUUAUAUGAUCAUAAUUAGUUGACAUUUGUGGUACAAAGUUAUUAAUUUUGUAAUUUUUAUUUAGUUUUACUUAAAAUAGCCGAUACAGUUAACAAAACGUAUUUUGCUUGCAUUGUUUUGUUAUCAUACAGUAGGAAAUAUGACAAUGGGCGAUGAGACUCCAGUUACAUCUUUAAUUUUACCUGUUUUAAUUCGUCCUAUUUUAUCACAGUUGGAACGAAAAGACGUUUCUGCGUCCCAAACCCUUCGAUCGGCAAUUUCAAAGGCAGAAACUGCAUAUCCAGGUUUAACCUAUGAUCUUGUGGUAGGAAUAAUGAGACGAGGCGAGAUAAAUGUUAAUAUGAAUGAAAGCAUAUUAAGGCUGCAGGGAGCUGUUUCAGAUACAGAAAUUGUCGAAUAUCGAUUGAACAGAUCAGAAGAUGCAUUUCAAGAGUUGAAUAAAAAAUCAGCUGCUCUUAAGAAAAUUCUUAGUCGAAUUCCAGAUGAAAUUACAGACCGCAAAACAUUCCUAGAAACCAUAAAGGAGAUAGCAAGUGCCAUAAAAAAGUUAUUAGAUGCUGUUAAUGAAGUUAGUGGUUUCAUUCCAGGAACAACUGGAAAACAAGCCUUGGAACAAAGAAAAAGGGAAUUUGUAAAAUAUUCAAAAAGGUUCAGCAAUACCUUGAAAGAAUAUUUUAAGGAAGGGCAGGCUAAUGCAGUUUUUAUUAGUGCAUUAUACCUAAUCCAUCAAACAAACAUGAUUAUUGCCACCGUCAAGAGUAAAUGUGAAUAAGGUAUAGUAUUAGUUAAGUAGCAUUAUUAAUGUAAAAAAAGGGUUAUAUGGAGAUUAAAAUAUACAUAUAUAUUUUAAAAAACAUCCUACACAAAGUCAGAAAAAUAAGUGCA